GCGAUAUCGAUUCGCGCGCCCUAAGUCUUGCUUUCUUAUCUUUUUCUCCCCCUUUGUUGUCUUAUCUCUGGCGAGCUUCACCUACUUUUUUCCUUGCCUUUUUGCUGUUGAAAGGUUCACUGCUACCCGAAGAGAAAGGAAGGACAGAGGUGUUUGUGAUCACCCCGCCAAAUUGAAGAGAUGGACGCUCUUGAGCUGGAGACGGCCAAGCAGAGCCCUACCAUUGAGACGGCCAAGGAUCUUUUCUCUGGUGCUGUUGGAGGAAUUGCGCAGGUCUUGAUUGGUCAACCCUUUGACAUUGUCAAGGUCCGACUGCAAACUACAACGCAAUACUCGUCUGCCAUCAACGCCGCCACCACAAUCUACAAGAACGAGGGUGCCCUCGCCUUUUACAAGGGAACGCUUACACCACUCAUCGGUAUCGGAGCCUGUGUUUCCGUUCAAUUCGGUGCCUUCAACGCCGCGAAGCGCUGGUUCCAAACUCGCAACAACGGAGCCGAACUGUCUUAUCCUCAAUACGGUGCCGCGGGUGCGUUUGCUGGUGUCUCCAACUCGGUCCUCUCAGGUCCCAUCGAGCAUAUCCGUAUCCGCCUUCAGAGCCAGCCUCAUGGCGCCGGUCGUCUAUACGAUGGUCCUGGUGACUGUAUUCGUAAACUUGGAGCUCACAAUGGUGUUCUGAGUGGCAUCUACCGCGGUCAGGCUGUCACCAUCUGGCGAGAGGCUUUCGCCUACGGUUCCUGGUUCACUGCCUUUGAGUAUAUGAUGAACUCGGACGCUGCUCGCAAUAAGAUCGACCGCAAGGAUAUCCCUGCUUACAAGAUUGCUCUUUACGGUGGUCUUGCUGGUGAAGUUCUCUGGCUUUCCAGCUAUCCCUUCGAUGUCAUCAAGAGCAAGAUGCAGACCGACGGCUUCGGUGCCAACCAAAAAUACGCCACUAUGCGAGAUUGCUUCGCAAAGACUUGGCGAGCUGAGGGGGCGGCUGGCUUCUGGAAGGGUAUCGGACCUACCCUGGCGCGAGCUAUGCCUGUCAGCGCGGGAACUUUCAUUGUUGUCGAGAUGACCAUGCGAGCUCUUAACAGCUAAACAAAAGCGAACAGUGCGGAAAACAGAAUCUGGUUGAUCUUUUGAUGCAAUAAAACGUAUUGGGGGGUUCAAUGGUUAGAACAAAAAGGGAAAUGAUAUUUU